AUGGCGAUCGCCUCGCCAUCCAACCUUCUCGACGAGGCCCUCGACGGCAAAGGCGGGCGGUUGAUCUUGAUAGAGGACUGCGUGGAGACCAGCGGAGCAUUCGUGGUGCACCACCUACUGAAGCGCGCCCUCUCCUCCGACGUCCUCACCGUUUUCAUCUCCUUCGCUCACCCAUAUUCUCAUUACGAUCGAAUCCUUCGGAAAAUGGGUUGCAACUUAAGCGUCCAGAGGGAUUGUAAGAAAUUGCUGUUCUUUGACAUGCUUAUGGCAGAUAACUCCUAUAGUGACAGAGAAAAACUCCGAGAGGAUAGAUUUAUUUCAUUAUUUGGCGAGAUUCAGAGAGCUGUAGAGGUUUGUUUAUCACAUGAAGGCAGUCGUCAGCAUGUUACUUUAAUGAUCGAUGAUGUAUCUCUUCUGGAAGUUGAUGCUAACGGGUCAUCCAACCUUGUCCUGGAUUUUUUGCAUUAUUGCAACAGUUUAAGAGCGCAAUUUGGUUGUUCGCUUGUUGCCCUUAACCAUGAUGAUGUGUAUUUAACUAUGGAUGAACCUAAUCUGCUACUACAUAUGGAAUAUCUAGCGGACAUGGUGAUUAAAGUUGAGCCCUUGGCUACUGGUUUAGCUACCGAUGUCCAUGGACAGUUGACUGUUACUAACAGAGGACUUGAGGAUGGCAAAACGAGGAACAAAGUUCAAAACUUCCAUUUUAGGGUUAAGGAUAGUGGUGCUGAAUAUUUCUAUCCAGGGAGCAAGGGCUUUAAGUGA